GCAGGCUUCGAAUAACCGACCUCUGAAAUAACCGCACUGAAACAUUAUCAUAAUUCAUUUCUGGCGGUGAAAACCAACACCUCUGCCUCGCGCGCUCACUUCCACGUCACCUGGUCUACAUUUUCUUCCAAAUUGGAGCCGUCUUCCGCCGACAUCCAGCGAAGAGGUGCAGCCGAUCCCAGGCCUCCAAUCCAGGGCGGAGGGAGGGAAGGAGGUCGCUGGGAAUCGGGAUGGAGACCGGAGAGGGAGCCGGCGGGCCUGGUGGACCGGACGGACCGGGGCUCCGGUUUGGCUGCGCCUCUUUCAACCAAGACUCCACGUCACUGGCUUUGGGAACAAAGACCGGCUACAAGCUGUUUUCUCUGACCAUGGUGGAAAAACUGGACUGCAUCCAUGAGAGUGCAGAGACUCCAGAUGUCUACAUCGUGGAGCGUCUCUUCUCCAGCAGUCUGGUAGUCGUGGUGAGCGCCGCCACGCCGCAGCGAAUGAACAUCUACCACUUCAAGAAGGGCACGGAGAUCUGCAACUACAGUUACCCGAACAACAUCCUUGCGGUCAAGCUCAACAGACAGAGACUUGUGGUGUGCCUUGAAGAGUCCAUUUACAUCCACAACAUCAAAGAUAUGAAGCUGCUCAAGACUCUGCUUAACACUCCGUCCAACCCCUCAGGUCUCUGUGCUCUUUCUAUUAAUCAUUCCAACUCCUUCCUGGCAUACCCCGGCAGCGCCACCAUUGGGGAGAUCAUAGUGUACGAUGCCAACAAUUUGAACCCAGUGACCAUGAUCCCAGCUCACGACAGUCCUGUGGCAGCUCUCACCUUCAACGCCUCGGCCACCAAACUUGCCAGCGCCUCAGAGAGAGGCACCGUCAUCCGAGUGUUCUCCAUUCCUGAAGGCCUGCGCCUGUUUGAGUUCCGCCGCGGCAUGAAGAGGUACGUCACUAUAAGCUCUUUAUCCUUCAGCCCUGAUGGCCAGUUCCUCUGUGCUUCCAGCAACACAGAGACGGUGCAUAUCUUUAAACUGGAACAACUGGGACCAAGCGGAGGGGAUGAGGCUGCCACCUGGACAGCCUACAUGGGGAAGAUGUUUUCAGCAGCCAGCAGCUACCUCCCUGCUCAGGUAUCUGGCAUGAUGAGCCAGGACCGAGCCUUCGCCACCGUUCACCUGCUCUCGUCUGGCCAGAGGAACGUCUGCACCCUUGCCAUGAUCCAGAAGCUUCCACGGCUGCUGGUGGCCACAGCCAACGGCCACUUGUUCAUCUAUAACGUGGAUCCGCUGGACGGAGGCGAGUGUAUGUUAGCCUACAAACACAGGCUCUUUGGUGAUGACGAUGACCAGGAUGAAAUAACAGAGUCAGAGGGGUCAGAGGUCACAGGGCCAGCACAGGCCUGUCCAUCCUACGCUGCGACCGCUGCCUUACCGGCCUCUGGACCUGUCACUGCGACCCUCACUGGCUACUCUGAAGAUGGUGGGGCAAAGAAAGGCGAAGUCAUUCCAGAACACGAGUUUGCCGCCGGACCUGUGUGUCUGGACGACGAGAACGAGUUUCCUCCCAUUAAUUGGUGCCGCGACGGGACUGGAGGUGGCCAGGGGAGGCGUUCGUGAGUGGGUAGAAGGACAGAUGGACAGACAGACAGGCACCAGCAAGAGAGAUGAACAGCAAAAAAAAAAAAAAAAAAAAUCUUUCAGGGUGCCAAGUUUUUUUUGUUUUGUUUUUUUCAUUUAGAAAAUAACAUUGAUUCACAUUAACAUUCAAGAUGACCUGGGAAACAAAACACUGAGCAAGAAGUAGUAGUGAAAUUUAGCAAGAACCACAAUUUGGUCCUCAUGUUACAUAAUGAUUGUGUUAAAGCUACACUUCUGAUUUUUGUCAUAGCACCAAUUGUACCUCUAAACUUCCUCUUAAGUUUGCUGUUGAGUUUCAGAACAUCAGCUGUGAGCUGGGUGGAAAUUUCAGAACAUUUGGAGGCAUCAUCAAAAAAAAAAAUCAGGGUGUUUAUCUUUAAGGAGUGUUGUAUGAAACGAUGAGGUGCAUGCUGGAGCAGAAAUAUAACCACAGUUUUCAUAGCUUUAUUACUUGACAAAUAUUUUAUUAAGUUGCAUUAUUGUAGCAACAUUUUUAUUUUUCUUGUCGAUAAUAUCUUAUAUUACAAAUUGUUGUUGUUGUUUUUUAAAUCUCUAUCGUAUUUUACUGCAUUGACAUGUAUUUGCCCUCCUGGAUACAUUUCGGAAGGUGUUGUAUGUACUGUAUGUUUGUUUGUGCCUGUUAUCAUUUGUCAGAGAGCAAAGUAUUUUGCUAAUUGCACAAGACCAAACCAAGUCAAAGAAACACAGAAAUAAACACAGAGUGGAGUAAGAAUUAACCUAU